UUGUUCAACAGCUGUUUGGCUGUAAGUGUAUAUUGAUUUAGUUUGCAUUUAAUUAGAAAUUUACCAACUUACUAACUAAUUUAAAUAAAUAACGGGUUGUGUAUCCUUAUGCGGCUCCUUUUGCUUUGGUGUUUUGUCCUGCCCUUGUCUGCAACAGCAACGGAAUAGAAUCCAUAGCAAAAGACAAGCUGCUCGUGUUUUCGUUGUUUGCAAAAUUUUCGGUGCAAUUAACGUGUUCGAAACGAAAGAAAAGACAACCUAGUGUAUCAUUUUAAACGGCUCUUCAUUAAGGCUAGCGUUUUUUCAUGUUGUUAAAGUUGCUUCUAGCUUAAUCAAUGCGACACUUCCAAUGAGGAAUCCAUUCGAAAUCGUUGGAUGAUAUCAGUAUUGGUUAUUGGCGAGAAGCAUCUAAAAGCAGCUUUAAGUUAACAAACAAUUAGAUUGUUAAGCAUUAUAAGUUAAGACAAUGGCCGAGAAAAUGGGUGAAGAGCUUAGAGCAGUUGAAGAGGAACUAUCGCUAAUUGCCCCAGUGGCGGCCAAGCGGCCCCGCCUGGAGGACGAUGAGCAGGCAUUGAAAGUAGCCGGCUUCUCGUUAAGUGCCAUUGAAGAAAUGCGUCACACACGCGAUGUGGAGCUACAGAAUGAGCCAAUGGAUCAGCAAUUGCGUCAAUUUCAAGUGCUUGACGAGGUUGGCUUUGGCAGUGAGGAUGACGAUUCAGAUGAGGCCAGCGAAAAACAGAAUGGCGAUACUUAUGCCGAUGAUGAAGACGGUGCCGAUGGCGAUGACUAUGAUUCAUCUGAAUUCGAUGAUGACGAAAUUGAGAAUCUAUUGGAUGAGAAAUUGCCCGAGGAUUUGCGUGAGUCUAAGCGUCCCAAAUAUGAGCAGCGUUUCAAAACUGUUUUAGAGGAGAAACGACACAAUCAUUUUGAGGUCUUGCCCGAAGGUUGGGUCCAAGUCACACAUAACAGUGGGAUGCCACUAUUCCUACAUCGCAAGACACGGGUCUGCUGUGCGGCUCGUCCAUAUUUUCUGGGCACUGGUAGUGCCCGCAAACAUGCUGUGCCCUUGGGUGCCAUACCCUGUCUCAAUUAUCGUCGGGCAUUGGAUGAGGAAGCGGAAACCGAACAGCAGAGCAAAGAAACUGCCAUCCAAACUCCAGCAGUAGGUGUUUGCCCUAUGGCUGCUUCUGCUGGUGCUACCACUGCUGAUACUUCCAUUGCUGCUGAGCCCAUGGAGGUGGAGGCUAGAGAGAAUAAUACUGAUUCGACGGCCCCUGCCUUGCCAGCCUUAAUGCCUGCUGCCAAAAUUGUCACAGUCAAUGAGAAUACCCAAAAGGAAUCGGUGACUCCCGAUCAACUUAAUUCGUAUUGCCAAAAACUAUUCAAAUUCAAAGAGAUUCGCGUUCUCCGUUUUCGCAGUUGGAAUGCACGCCGUAAAUUCACGAAGAACCGCAAACACAUUAAGAAUAUACAAAGGCCAACGCUGCCGGAUGGCACUAAAUUAAUUAAAUUUCCCAUACUGGCUGCUUGUGGUGAGGGAGCAACCAAUCCGCGUGGACGCAAGGAAUGGAUUAUGAAUCCGAAUGGUAAAAGUUUUGUCUGCAUUCUGCAUGAAUAUGUCCAGCAUGCCCUCAAGACACAGCCAACCUAUGAGUUUAAGGAACUGCAGAAUGCAGCCACUCCAUACUCGGCCACAGUGUCGGUUAACAAUUUGAAAUAUGGCACUGGCUAUGGCACGAGCAAAAAGCAGGCCAAAUCUGAGGCGGCUCGCGAAACACUAGAGGUACUCAUACCGGAUGUUAAAGAUAAGAUAACGGGCAACAACAAGGAUCAAAAGAGUGGUACUGCUAAGAAAGCACAAAGCGAUUUAUCUGUUUUCGAUGACAUUCGCAUUGAUGAUCCACGCGUUACCGAGUUCUGCAAUAAGACCACAGAACCUGCACCCAAUGCCAUUCUAUUGACGUGCCUGCAACGAAAUUAUGGAAGCGAUGUGCAAAUUAGCCAAGAGAUCAAUCGCACGGCCAACAACAAGAAUGAAUUCUCAAUGACUGUGGGCAAGCAUACGGCCAAAGUGGUUUGCAAGAAUAAACGAGAGGGCAAGCAAUUAGCUUCGCAAGCCAUUUUACAGAAAUUGCAUCCGCAUAUACAAACUUGGGGCUCAUUGUUGCGCCUCUAUGGCAAUAAUUCGAUCAAAACAUUCAAGGAGAAGAAACUAGAAGAGCAGGAGAUUACCGUGCUGCAAAGUAAGGCAGCUGUAAAUCAACCAAAUUAUGCCAUAUUGGAUAAACUUAAAACGGAGAUGUUAAAGCUAUCGGCCAAACAUGAAAGUGUCCACACAAUGGGUACCUUUGUGCCACCCAAUGAUGUGGAUUUGCCAACAUCGUCGGGCUCAAAUUUAAAUAAUGUUGAGUUAUAGUUAUUAAUGGAAAAUAUUCCAACAAACGGUUAAUGAAAAUUUCAAAUCUUGCAUGGCUCAACAACAAGAAGAACGAAUAGCCAAUUCCUCUUAAUCAAAUCUCAUGUGAUGCUGCUAUAUGCUAUAUAUUUAUGACACAACGACAUGGUUCUCUAAAAGGGCAAGCACAUGGACAAUUACGAAAACGAAAACUAUGAAUAAUUAGUAGCAUGUUAGAACAAGUUACCCCAUACCCGCUAUUCACAAAAUCUAUUUGCUUUAUUGAGAGAUCCGGACUGCAUAGAGCUACAAAAUACACUUACCUAGGGGAGAUAAGAUCACUCUCCAAAACGAAACUGUCUCAUCUUAAGUAUACAAAUGAAAGUAAUUAUUGUAGUCCAGAUUUUGCAUUUUAUAAAUAAAAUAUGAUAUUUUCCUUUUUUUCCCCCAUUAA